AUGACUGAUAUUGGUGCAAUAAUUGAAAGGCAACGAAUUCUACAAAAUUUACCUCGAUCAUCAUCGAAUGCGAAUGAUUUUGCCUACGAUAAGUAUCACACUAUUGAAGAGAUUCAUGCUUGGGUUGAUCAAAUGGUUGCAACGUAUCCAGAAAUGGUCACACCAUUUACCGUCGGGAAAUCAUAUGAAAAUAGAGACAUGAAAGGCUUCCAAAUUUCAUCAAAGAAAAUGGCAACUAAGCGUGACGGCACCAAAGUCACCUCAAAAAGGGCUGUUUGGUGGGAUGGAGGAAUUCAUUCUCGAGAGUGGAUUAGUCCAGCAACGGUCAUCUACAUUGCCUAUUCUCUUCUGUCAAAGUAUGGUCAAGAUUCGACCAUUACACAUCUAGUUGAUCAAUUUGAUUAUUAUAUUUUGCCUGUAUUCAAUGUUGAUGGCUAUGCAUAUACAUGGACAAAAGAUCGAUUAUGGCGAAAGACUCGUAGCAAAACGACGGUUGCAAACUGUUCUGGUGCUGAUCCGAACCGUAACUGGGAUUAUGAUUUUUGUAAAAACGGUUCUUCCCAUGAUCCUUGUGAUGAUACUUUCUGUGGUGAAAAAGCAUUUUCUGAAAUUGAAACAGCUCAAAUAGCAAAAUUCAUCACUGGUCAACGAGGCGCAAUUGUGAACUAUAUUAAUUUUCAUUCGUACUCACAAUUGUGGAUGUCACCAUGGUCUUAUUCAACCACAAGACCGCCACAAUUCGAGUUACAAGAUGAUGGAUCUAUCCAAGCUGUCGAUGCACUCACUUCUGUGCAUGGCACUAAGUAUCAGCAUGGCAGUGUUGCUCAACUUAUUUCUCCUACAUCGGGUAGUACAAUUGAUUGGACCUAUGGCAUAGCUAAUGUGACAUUUAGCUAUGGUGUCGAACUUCGUGAUACUGGUGAAUAUGGAUUUUUGCUUCCCGAAAACCAAAUCAUUCCAAGUGGUGAAGAAACAUUGGCUGGCCUCAAAGCCUUACUUCAAUACAUCGAAAACCACGUCUACACUUCCCAUGCAGUCAAAAAUUUUAGAAUGUCCAAAAUUGAGCAUUUUAACGGUCGCCACUUUCUUACACUUUAA